GCAGCAGCAGCAUACACUGACAGAUAAAAUAAAUAAACACAAUGGAGCUGAUUCGCAAGGGUCUGAUCGCGAUCACUGGAACCACAGGUGUCGGUAAGUCGCAGCUCGCGAUAGAGCUGGCCCGCAAGCUCAACGGCGAGGUCAUCAACGCAGAUGCCCUGCAGGUCUACAAGGGCUAUGACAUUAUCACCAACAAAGUCACUGCUGAAGAAAUGCUUGGCGUCCCGCACCAUCUCCUGGAUUUCAAAGAAUACACUGUGCAAGAGUUUGAGCGCGACGCAUUGCAAAAGAUCCACGAGAUCCACGGGCGCAACCGCGUCCCCAUCCUGGUUGGCGGCACAAACUACUACAUACAGUCGGUGAUGUUUCAAAAAGAACCGGGAUCGCCCCAAGGCGGUAGCACUGGUGUGCAGCCGAAUGACCACAGCUUCGAGCAGUCUCAGGUGGACAAGAGCAAUCAGCAGCUGUGGGAGGAGCUAAAGUCCGUUGAUCCUAUAAUGGCCGAGAACUGGCACCCCAACAACCGCCGAAAGAUCCUGCGCAGCCUCGAGGUGUUGCACACCACAGGAAGAAAGCACAGCGAAUGGGUCGCAGAUAGCGAGGAAGCGCGCAGAAAGGAGGAAACACUGCGAUUCCCCACCCUGCUAUUUUGGCUGUACGCAGACACCCCCGUGCUCAAUCAGCGCAUAGAUAACCGGGUUGGCGAUAUGAUUGAGCGCGGCCUGUUCGGCGAGCUUGGCCAGCUUGCCAAGGACCUGAGUGAUCCGCGGGCGGAGUUUGAGGCUUAUCUCAAGGCGGCUGCGACCGACUCCAAGACGUCCGAAUUGGAGUGCGAGCAGCUGAAAGCAAAGGGCAUCGAGGACAUGAAGACAUCGACUAGGAGGUAUGCCAAGCGGCAGAUAACAUGGAUUCGCAACAAGUUGAUUCCAGAGUGCAGAUCGACGCUGGGAAAGUCCACCAGGGCACACCCGUUUGUGCUGGACGCAACAGACCUGGGCCAAUGGAAGUCAGAGGUCAUGAACAAGGGACUGUCUAUUGCCCAGAAGUUUGUUGGCAGCGCGCAGUUGCCUGAAGCGGCAGCAGUUUCCGACACCGCAGCAAGGCUCCUUGCUGAGGUCAAGGAGAAGCCCAACUCGAUACUGGCAUGGAAGAGGCACUUUUGCAGUGUAUGCUCAAAAUCCGCCGAGGAGACGCCCAACGGCGUUGCGCUGGAGGUCUGGCUGAAUGGCGACGACGAGUACAACCAGCACAUGCACUCGCGACAGCACAAGCACAACAUCAAGCAUCGCAAAAGGGUAUCAUCCUGGCACAAAAAGGACGGCGACGAUGCAAGAGGCUGUGACGCGCCCUUGUCGAAGCGAGCCAACACGAAUCUCGAAUCGACCGGCGACUAGAAGAGACACUGACACACUUUACAGCAUUUGACUGAGUAAUGUUCACUUUUAAGAAGAAAAAACCACAAUAAAAU